AUGCUCGCUCCAAGCUCGCUUGUCUCCACAUUCCUGGUCGCGCUAUCGCUAUCCCCGCAAUGGUCGAGCGCCAACCCCAUUCUAACCGCCGAUGACGUCGUCGUUGAAGAGUACCACAACGUCACUCUCGUCGAGCGCGCCUGCCAGUACCCAUGCGGCUGGUCGGGCCAGCUCUGCUGCGAGAGCAGCGGCGCGUGCUACACCGACUCGUCCAACCAGGCUCAGUGCAGCGCGACGGCUGGCAGCGGAGGCUACUGGCAGUACUACACGAGCACCUGGGUCGAGACCGACAAGGUGACCAGAACUGAGGUUCACAGUAGCUACGUCGGCGGCGCGACUGUAUCAGCACAAGCGACCGGAACCGCCAUCUCGUGCAACACGGUCAACGGCGAGACUGCUUGCGGCAGCAUUUGCUGUACCUCGAAGCAGUACUGUCAACUCGACGGGCAAUGCGCCGCAAUCGGCGUGUCCGAAUCACCUGGAGCAUCCCCAACGGCUACCGCCGCCGCAACCACAACUGUCCCAUUCGAGACGCCUGUUGCUACUGGCGCCACCGCGCCCGUGACUGCCGGUGAGAGCAGCGGCGGCGGUCUCAGCGGAGGUGCCAUUGCCGGCAUCGUCAUCGGCACUUUGGCCGGUAUUCUGCUGCUUGCGCUUCUCUGCCUCUUCUGCUGCGCGAAAGCCGCUUUUGACGGCAUCCUCGCGAUCUUCGGCUUCGGCAAGAAGAAGCGUCGUACCGAGUACGUCGAGGAGUACCACCGUCACAGCCACGGCAGUGGAAGCCGUCACUCUGGCUGGUACGGCGCCGGCGACCGCCCCUCCAGACCUCCGCCGCCGAAGAAGAGUGGAUUGGGCAUGGGUGGCCUUCUCGCCGGCCUCGCAGGCGCAGGAGCUCUUUUUGGUCUCAGCAAGAAGAGGCACGAGUCUCGCUACGACGAUGACAAGACGACGACGACCGACUACAGCAGCUAUUAUUACAGUGACUACACAAGUUCAAGCAGCGCCAGCUCAGACGACAGGAGGACGAGAACCACCCGUUACACCCACUCGCGUCGCUAG